AUGAUAGAAAAUAGUUUAACAUUCCAACAACAUUUAAAACAGCAAAACACGUUGAGAUCUAUUUCAUCUAAAAUUAAACUUAACAAUGCCCAAGAAAGAACAAAUAAUUCAAACAUCGUCAGCUUUGUAGCUGGUACCGUCCUAACAUGGACAUCUCCUGUGCUAGAUAGAUUAGGAAAUGCAACAACAACUCCUUUUGAUCACCCAGUGUCUUUAGACGAAAGAUCAUGGAUAUCUUCUUUUUUUCCAUUAGGCGCUAUAUUUGGACCGUUUAUUUUCGGCUUUUUAGCCGAUCAGAUAGGAAGAAAGAAGACUUUAAUUAUAAGUGGAAUACCAUUUGUAGUAUGCUACUAUCUCCUUGCAUUUAGUAGACAUGUUGUUGUUUAUUAUAUUGCUAGAUUCUUUUUGGGUAUAGCUCUAGGGGGCGUUUAUACCGUCAUACCAAUGUACGCUGGAGAAAUCGCUGAUAAUUCGAAUAGAGGAACGUUGGGUUCAAUGAUGAAUGUCUAUUUAUGUUUUGGAUUAUUUUUUUCUUACUGUUUAGGCCCCUUUGUAAACCUGAUGACGUUUAAUAUAAUUUUAGGAACAUUUCCCAUAAUAUUUUUGGUAAUUUUUACACUUAUUGCACCAGAAUCUCCAGUUUAUUUGCUUAGCAAAAAUGAUAUACGAGGAGCAAAGAUAGCUCUCCAAAAAGUGAGAGGAUACAAUGAAGAUAUCAAUCAAGAACUUGAUAUGAUUCAGAAUAAAAUAGAAGAAGAUGGAAAAGGUUCAGUAAUAGACAUUUUUAAAUCUAAACCACUAACAAAAGCUCUUGGUAUUACUGUUACAUUGGGAGUUAUUCAGCAAUUUUCUGGAGUAAUCGCAGUAUUUUUUUAUGCUCAAACUAUAUUUGAACAAGCAGGCAGUUCCUUAAAGCCAGAGAUUUGCUCCAUCGUUAUUGGAUCUGUGCAAUUUCUUACUAGUUUUCUUACUCCGUUCUUAGUGGACCGUUGGGGUCGAAAAUUAUUAUUACUCAUAUCAGCAGCUGGUAUGGCUUUAUCAGAAAUUCUACUGGGUAUUUACUGUUUAUUACACGAUCAUCAUUAUGACGUUGCGUCAAUAACAUUUUUACCUAUUAUUUGCCUUAUGGCUUAUAUAUUUAUGUAUAACUUUGGAUACGGUCCGUUACCUUGGGUGAUUAUGGGCGAAACGUUCCCACCAAAUGUAAAAUCGUCUGCUUCUUCGAUCACUGCGGCUAUAUGUUGGAUAGCCGGGUUUAUUAUAGGCAAGUACUUUGAACCAUUGGUAGUAAUAAUAGGAAUUGGUCCAGCUUUUUUGAUUUUUUCUGGAAUUUGUAUCUUAGCGGUACCAUUUUGUCUAUUUCUUGUUGUAGAAACAAAAGGUAAAAGUGUUCAAGAAAUCUUAAGAGACUUGGAAUAG